CGCUCUAUAUAUAUGUACUCCUUCCCCAACAAGUUCUUCCACCUGAACCCAACAUCAAUCUCGAAACCCCUGAAAAAUGGCAAAACCCACACUAGAUUUGAUCCAAAACCUACAAAAGUUCUGCAAAUCAAGAGACUAUAAACGUAGGGCGAAGGGAAUGUCGUUCUUGGCAUUCGUCUUCUCCGUCUUCUUCUACAUCUCCAUCUUCUACAUCUUCAACCUAUCCCCAUCCCAGAACUUUAAGAACAGCAAGUUCUGGUUCUUCAUCUCCAACACCCUCAUCCUCAUCAUCGCAGCAGACUCUGGAGCUUUCUCCUCGUCAAGCAAGGAGAGGUGCGACGUCCUCUAUGAGGAGUACCUUGCCCGCACUAGCCUAGCGAAAAACAAUAGUGUUGGCGGGUUCAUUCCUGCACUUCGGCAUGAUCUGGAAACCGUCGAGGAAAAUGUCUUGGGAGAAGAAGAGAAGCGUGUUGUCUUGGAGGAAACAAAAGCAGUGGCUGACAGAGAGCCAGAAAGAGAGGCCGACUCGAAGCAGAGCGAAGAGGAAGAAGAAGAAAGGACGAAGAAGAAUGUUCCUCAAGAUGAUGAUGCUGAGAAGCAAGUGGAAGUUAAUGGCGAAGCAGGGAAGGAGAUCGUGGUGGAUGAAGUAGCAGAGAGUGAGACUGAGAACGCUAGGGAGGGGACGAUUACCGAAGAGAACGAUGAGUUCUCGAGGAUGUCGGAUGAAGAGUUGAACCGUAGGGUCGAGGAGUUCAUUCGGAAGCUCAAAAGGCAGAUUCAGCUUCAAGGGGUUUAAAGAAGAGGGAAGAAGAAGAAGAAGAAGGGGGGAAAGAAAUUUGAACUCUUUAGGGUAGCGGUUUGUGCCGCCACCAUUCAUCCUACCGCAGAGGACCAAACAAGUUGACCCUGCAAUAUUACGAUGAGUUAGAGACUUCCUGAUCGUACGAGACCUCGGGUCGAACGCAGCGUUAUUGGAGAUUAGGACUUAGCCACAGGCUUUUUUUGCGUUACAUAUUUUUGUCACUUUAUUGUGGUUAUUAGGGAGUAUGGUAGUGAUCAGUAACCAUCUAGUGCUGGCUCCUUUUGGAACUCUUGUGUAGAGUUGUGGUAUUUCUCUGUUUACAAUUUAUAGUUAUUAUAAUAUAUACUGUCGGUAUAAAAAAAAUUUCACAAA